UUGAGUGUAGUGUACUGGUGUGUGUGUUGAUGGUAGUGUACUGGUGUGUGUGUUGAUGGUAGUGUACUGGUGUGUGUGUUGAUGGUAGUGUACUGGUGUGUGUGUUGAUGGUAGUGUACUGGUGUGUGUGUUGAGUGUAGUGUACUGGUGUGUGUGUGUUGAGUGUAGUGUACUGUACUGGUGUGUGUGUGUUGAGUGUAGUGUACUGUACUGGUGUGUGUGUGUUGAGUGUAGUGUACUGUACUGGUGUGUGUGUUGAGUAAUCAGUAGAAUACACUCUCUCCCCCAGCCUGUAGGGGGCUGUGUACAGUGGCUGUCUCUCCCUGAUGAGGUAUGGGUAUCCAUACUGUCCCUCCUGCCACACAGAGAUCUGUCUGCAGUGGCCCAGGUCUGCCUCCACUUGCUCCGACUGGCCAAUGACCACACACUAUGGCAGGUUGUUAGUGUGGAGAACAGCUCAUAUUUAACUGACCAAUGGCUGAGCAGUGUGGGUGUGCGUAAUCCUCGAAGCCUGACUAUCUACAGGUGCAGCGGACAGUCAAUCACCCCGAGCGGGCUAGAGGAGUUUUUCAAACUAAGUCAAGCUUCUCUGGAGGUAGUUUUAACCCGUCACAUAAUGUACCAACUGCUGUGUUGUACAGAAAGAUUGAGAACUGUAGUAAUGUGAAGGAAACAAAAACACUGUUAUUUUCGUCCCGUUGUGAGACCUGUUCAUUGGCUACAGGUGCUGAGUGUGACAAGCUGCAGUGGGCCUGGUCUCCAUGGUGACCUGGUGCUGACUCUGAGUGGUCAACACUGUGAUCACAUGACCUGUGUGGACGUCAGCUGGAGCGGAGCAACUGACACGGGCAUCAAAGCUCUGACUGACACCUGCACUGGCCUGAAGACUGUUGUUCUCAAUGGUUGCCAAGUUACAGAUGAAGCCCUGAAUGCCCUCGUCAUAAAAUGCAAAGACAGUCUGCGCAGGUUGGAAGUGUUUGGCUGCCUGUCUAUCAGUCCCUCAUGUCUGAACACAGUGUCAGAGUUGUGUCCUGGGUUGGAGACUCUGAACAUCGGCCAGAUCCCUAAGGUCACUCACCCCUAUCUGACCCUGGUGACGUCACGUCUCAAAUGCCUUCAAGCCCUUAACCUGACUGGACUGCACGCAGUGAGUGAUCAGACAGUUCAUCAGGUCCUCCUGCAGUGCCCUGAACUCCAGAGGCUGACCCUCAGCUCCUGCCCUGGAGUUACUGACAUGAGCCUGCACAAGAUCAGCACCCACGCUCCCCACAUCAGGUUGUUGGAUCUAAGUGGCUGCGGUAAGGUGAGUGAUGCUGGUGUUAAGGCUGUAGCUGUGGCCUGUAGAUGCCUGCAGUACCUGGACCUGAGCUCCACCGCCACAGGGAACAGAGGGGUGAGCCUGUUGGCAAAGUACUGCAGCACUCAUCUCCACACUGUCAAACUGAGCUUCUGCCAGAUCAGCCCAGAGGCCAUCCACAACCUCAGCAGGCAGUGCAAACGUUUGAAGCUACUGCACCUCUACGGCUGUGCCCACAUCCCUACUGAGAAGGAGAUAAGAGACAUCAACCCAACUGUUACACUCUACCACUGACUUGAUACACACACACAGACACACUUAUUGUUGAAAUUGGUAACACAUCUGUCAUUUGUAAAUACAGCCUGUGUGAUAUAAAGAAUGAAGAGUGCCCACAGCACAAGUGUGUCAAGGGCCCUCCUUCCAUCACCUCCUUCAUACAGUGAUGUGGUGUCAGGCAAGCUUUAUCCAAAUUACAUCUAUCUAGUCAAGAUACAAAUAUUUUGUAGAUUUAAAAUUUUAAAAAUGUACAUGCUGAUUGUUAGUGAAAGUUUCCCAUUCUCUGGGAGGCUCCCGAGUGGUGCAGCAGUCUAAGGCACUGCAUCUCAGUGCAAGAGGCGUCACUACAUCCCCUGGUUUAAAUCCAUGCUGUAGAGGCCCAGUGUUGUCCAGGUUUGGCCAGUGUAGGCCGUCAUUGUAAAUAAGAAUUUGUCCUUAACUGACUUGCCUAGUUAAAUAAAGGUUAAAUACAAAAUAUCUAGCAGCCAGACAGAAAUGGGUCUUGGUCUUCUAGACUAUCUCUAUGGAAACACUUUUUUUUGUGUGUGUGUUUUGUUUAUUCAACCUAUUACAGGUAAUUAUGUUACUGCGCUUGUUCGGACGCACAGUUCUUGUUUGUUUUGUUCCUCUUUUUCUCAAAGUUGUGAGGUUGACACAAGAGACUGCUAAAGUAGGUAAGCCGCGUCAGCGUAACAUUCCGCAAUACGUUUUAUUACAGGGGACAAUUUUAGGACUCAUCAUUGUAGUCUGUAUGAAAAUGUGGGAUUGACCUCUCUGUCUGGAAGAAGAGAGCUGCAUUAUCUUUGAUUUAUUUACAAAGAUAUCUUACAGAACAUCCCUCCAUAUGUAACUUCAUUAAUUAAGGUAAGAGUCAUAAAUUACCAAACCUGUUCUCAGGAAUGGACAACACUAGAUCCCUUCAGUCUCCACAGAUUUGGGAAAAUCUGCGUUUUGUUUUUAGACCCCUAAUUUGUGGAAAAAUCUGCAGAGUUCACUGCAGUUAGAUGUGCCGGUGCCACUCAGGAAGUUUAAAUGAUUGAUUGAGGUCCUCUAUGUCGAUUGUGAUUGUUUUUAUUAAAUAUGUUUAUUUUGGUUUAUUGUAUGCUGAAUUAUAUUGUUUUGUACACAAAUGUGUGCAUGUUGCUUUAUAAUUAUGUUUUUAUUGUAAUGUAUACAGGGCUCUCUUGUAAAAUAGACUUUUAAUCUCAAA